UUUUCGCUAUCCACAGCUAUGAUUCGUCGGCAAGCGCGUGAACGUCGCCAAUACAUCUACGCGAAGUCAGUAGAGUCGCAGGAGCGGCAGACAUAUGCCCGGAAACAGCAGAUCAAGGAUGCCCUCGCGGGUGGAAAAUCAUUGCCUACAGAGUUGCGAAAAGACGCGAAGGACCUGGGGCGCGACCUCGCUUUCGACGAGGCGCAGGCGGAACCCUCGGAUCACAUCGACAAUGAGUAUUCUCGCGCCGGGAUCCUGGACCCUAAGAUCGUCGUCACGACAUCAAGAGAUCCUAGCUCGAAACUUAUACAGUUCGCUAAGGAAAUGCGCCUGGUCUUCCCCAACUCUCACCGCAUAAAUCGCGGAAACUACGUUGUGAAGGAACUCGCCGAGGCGUGUAGGGCGAAUGAUGUCUCAGACUUAGUUGUGUUGCACGAACACCGUGGUGUACCAGACGCAAUGAUUGUUUCUCACUUCCCCCACGGACCCACCGUAUACUUCACACUGCACAACGUCCAACUACGACACGACAUUGCCUCGUACAAGUCGUCCACCGUCUCCGAACAAUACCCUCACCUCAUCUUCGAGAACUUCUCGUCCAAGCUCGGCGAGCGGAUACAAGACGUGCUCAAGUACCUCUUCCCUGUACCAAAAGAGGACAGCAAGCGUGUAAUGACUUUCUCCACCGAGGAUGACUUCAUCUCGUUCAGGCACCACGUCUUCAUGAAGAUUCCACCAAAGCAAAUUCAGCUUGCUGAGGUUGGGCCGCGAUUCGAGAUGAAGCCAUAUGAAAUCCGACAAGGGACCAUCGAGCAGACCGAGGCUGAGCGCGAAUGGGUACUCGCGCACUACUCCCGUACUGCGAAGAAACGGAGCUUGCUCAGCGGCCCUGCACCACGGCCGUCUGCCAACGCGGCAGCAGCAGAGGACGACUCAGAAAAUAAGCGGAAGAAACGGGUACGACGGUAGUCUCACCUCACGUUCUCUGCAGCUAUGGCCCACUCUUGCCGUCAUACCAGCUGAUGGUCGAGAGCACGGAUUCUAUCCCUUGUCAAUAUUCUUAUAUGUCGCGCUGGUUGUAUAAUGUCACUGCUGGUAUGCUUUCGCGUCACGAUGGAUGUGUCCGCCGCCUCCAGCUCCCCUCCGCGCCCCUGAGAUGCCUCAUGCAGUGAUUGGUAUGUGAAUUGCAUUUUCGACAGCUUUGGCUGAACCAUCUCUUCCCACACAGCUGCACUCUAGAUACUUUGCCUACCAGCGUUCGCUGGUCUCAGCAUAACGCGCAGAGUCACCGGCUCGCGAUCCCACUUCGGAUUGCUCGCUCCUAUGGUCUCCUCGCCGACAAUCGAGAAGCCCAGCGUUUCGUAGAACUUGUAUGCGCUUGUGGUAAGCACCCAUACAUCGUGGCCGUCAGCGUCACCCAUGUCGGUCACAGUGGUUACCAAGGCAGAGGCGAAGCCUUUUCCUUGGGCUUCUGGGGCGGUGGCCAAGGACUGUAACUCAUACAUCACUUCGACUUUGUCCCCAAAGGCAGACUGGGUCAGGGCCUCUAUCUUCUCGAAGCAUUCCUUCCACCUUUUCUUGACCUCCGGGGGGUCGGACAGACGUACGAAAUAUGCGAGCCAUGCGUAUAUUCUCCCGGUCUUUGCGUUUCCCGGCAAUCCGUAUUUGAGUUGGGAGUCGCCCCUGUUCACGGUAAGCAUCCGCUUUUGACUGAUUCCGUCCGCAAAGUUGAUCGAAUUUUUCAGCUUCCACCGCGUCUCGAAGAAGGGAGCCGUAUCAGCGGAGAUGAGGUACUCCAUCAUGGCUUCAUCGUGCAUGAUUUUCUGCACGUUGUCAACGCUUCUCGGGAUGUCCGCAUAUCGCAUAGGCUUCACUUCGAUCUUUUGGUGUAUCCCGGCCUUGUUCUCGUCCAGGAGAGGCGUUUUCUCGCUCACAGCAGCAAAACUGUAGCGUUCUGAGGCCAUUGGUGUUACCGCAGCUAGAUUCCGUCAACAAAGUUGCCUAGUGG